AUGUAAGCAGAAAAACAAAAGGGAAAGCAGAAAAAGCAAGAGGUUGUAGAGUAGGCUGUGCAGGAGUAAGACUCAGAAAUGGAGGAGCCAGAUGGACCAACACCUAUUUAGAAGUUAGAAGAGCAUGGAAUUGGUGGAGGAGAUAUAAAGAAGCUCAUUGAAGGAGGGUAUCACACUUUAGAGUCAGUUGCAUUUAUGUCAAAGAAGCAUCUAGUCCUAGUCAAAGGACUAUCAGAAGCUAAAAUUGAUAAAAUCUUAGAAGCCUGCCACAAAUUAGUGCCUAUGGGUUUCUAAACAGCAGGAGCCUAUCUCGAAAAGAGAAAAGACUUAGUUUUCUUAUCAACUGGAAGCAAAAGUCUAGAUGUACUGCUUGGAGGAGGAAUGGAAACAGGCUCAAUAACAGAGAUAUUUGGGGAGUUUAGAACGGGGAAGACUCAAUUAUGUCAUACUUUGUGUGUGACUUGCUAGAUGGAUAUCAGCUAAGGUGGGGGUGCAGGCAUGGCGAUGUAUAUUGAUACUGAGGGAACAUUUAGACCAGAAAGAUUAAUACCGAUAGCUAAGAGGUACGGGCUUGACGAACAGAAAGUUCUUGAUAAUGUUGCUUAUGCUAGAGCUCAUAAUACAGAUUAAUAAAAUAAGUUAUUGCAAUAAGCAGCUGCUCUAAUGUGUGAGAACAGAUUUGCAUUGCUAAUUGUAGACAGUGCUACAGCUCUAUACAGAACAGAUUAUUCUGGUAGAGGAGAGUUAUCCGCGAGAUAAAUGAGUCUUGCCAAAUUUCUGAGAUAACUCCAGAGAUUAGCUGAUGAAUAUGGUGUUGCUAUAGUUAUUACUAAUUAAGUUGUAGCCCAGGUUGAUGGAGCAAGCAUGUUUGCAGCAGACUCUAAGAAGCCUAUCGGUGGCCAUAUUAUAGCGCAUGCCUCAACAACUAGAUUAUCUUUGAGAAAAGGUAGAAAUGAGAGUAGAGUAUGCAAAAUAUAUGACUCUCCAUGCUUGCCAGAGGGUGAAGCAGUCUUUGCAAUAACUAAUGAAGGGAUAGACGAUUACAAGGAAUGA